GGCUCCUGGACGCUUUUUAUUUUAUUUUACGCUGCUGUUCUAAACUACAGACGUCGCAUUUUAACUGAUUUAGUGACUGCUGCCAGUUCAAGCUGCAAACUGAGCUUCCUCUACUCGUUGUCUAUGAUUUCAAUGGACUUGGUCAUUGUUGUAGCUCUUGUCGUUCUGCAAGUGUCCCUGCAGCCAUCUCUUGCAGCCUUGUUUACAGUGGAGGCAGAGCACACUUCAUAUAGUUCCGAGUAUGGAGGAAAUGUUGUGAUGGGCUGCAGGUUUUCUUCCAAGCCAGCAAAUCCUCAAAAUGACCUCAAGGUUAUCUGGCACCGCUUGGACGGCAGUCCAGAUCAGGAAGUGAUACGGCUAGUGGACAACUUUGAGAGCUCUGCAUCUUCAAAGUUCAAGGGUCGUGUGAAGAUUCUCACUGAUGAACUGAAAAAUAGCUGGGCAAAGAUACAGAUAUCAGAUCUCAGGAUCACUGACUCUGGGACGUAUCAGUGUUUGGUUCAAACGGCAGAAGGGACCGAUUAUAAAACUAUAGCUUUGUCAGUUGGAGCACCAUAUCAUUCGGUCUCAAAGCAGAUCGAGAGGACAGCAGAGGGGGAUAAAGUGGUGUUAACCUGCCAGUCUGAGGGAUACCCUCAGUCUCCUGUUGUGUGGCAGGAUGGGCGUCUGCAGAGUUACAGUUCCAACACCACAGCGACGACAACGCCAGGCGGUCUCAUCAAAGUCAUCAGUCAGAUUGAAGUCAGCUCUUCAGAGAAAACAAACUACACAUGUAACUUUACAAAAGACCAUUCGUCUGCAACAUUUCACAUUCCAGAUGAUAUACCACUCCAUCAAGGAGAAAAUGACAUCCUCAUCGUUGUUUUGUGUGUAGGAUUAAUACUGACUGCCAUUGUUCUUGGAGUGAUCAUUUACAGACGCCAAAAAGGUACCAGAACUCCCAGGACCCAUAACUGCCUGGCUGGUGAUGAGGAGUCCAUGUCUGCAGCUGCCUGCCUACAGAAAGACAAAGGAAACGAAGUUGAGGAAAUAGUUAUUACUGAAGGGAAGGGAUGUCAGUCCGACUCCAGGAUCUACUCUGCAUGCCAGUGAAGUCUUGUUACCUGAGGGAGAGACUUUCUGGAAGUGGGAAAACAACCGUCCUGCUCUCAUCUUGGACUAAUGCUGCUUCUAAUUUCCUUGAUGCCGGCUUUUUUGGAUCUUCUUAUGUAUGUCAACUGCAGCACCUGGAAGGGGACUUGUUCCAGGAAGCAAGAAUGCGGCUCUUUCUUGGUAAAAAGAUAUCAGCGGAGAAGGUUAGGACUGUUCUGACCCAGUCCAACAAAACUAUGCUGCGACUGGAUAAAGAAGGGAGCCACUUUUUCAUGAGACUUUGAGGAGGUUUCUAAGUGAAAGAGGAUCUAAGUGAAAGAGGAUCUUUGUAUGUGACUGUCCUGUUCUUGAGCAAGAUCUGAAGACAAGCAGUGCACUGACAUGUCAAGUAUGACCUGCAAAGUACUGAGGACACAGAGUUGAUGAACGAAAAACAUGUUACUUUUUUUAUGAAAUGAUACUAUGUAUAGUUUUUUAAAGCUCAAACACAUUUUAAAAUGUAUGUGCAAUAAAUAAAGAUUUUUGUAUUUUUUAUAA